GCCGAAACAAGAACUUUAUGUGAGAGUCGAAGCCCCAAAGGGAGAGCUGGGAAUUUUUCUGAUAGGGGAUCAGAGUGGUUUUCCUUGGAGAUGGAAAAUCCGCCCCCCGGGUUUUAUCAAUUUGCAAAUUCUUCCUCAGUUAGUUAAAAGAAUGAAAUUGGCUGAUAUUAUGACGAUACUAGGUAGUAUAGAUAUCAUUAUGGGAGAAGUUGAUCGUUGAAAUGAUAAUUGAUACACCAGAAGUACAAGAUAUUGAUUCUUUUUCUAGAUUAGAGUUUUUAAAAGAGUUUUAUGGAAUUAUAUGGGUGCUUAUUCCUAUUUUGACUCUUGUAUUGGGAAUCACAAUAGGCGUACUGGUAAUUGUAUGGUUAGAAAGAGAAAUAUCCGCAGGGAUACAACAACGUAUUGGACCUGAAUACGCCGGCCCUUUGGGAAUUCUUCAAGCUCUAGCAGAUGGGGCAAAACUGGUUUUCAAAGAAAAUCUUCUUCCAUCUAGGGGGGAUACCCGUUUAUUCAGUAUCGGGCCAUCCAUAGCAGUCAUAUCAAUUUUAGUAAGCUAUUCAGUAGCUCCUUUUGGCUAUCACCUUGUUUUAGCGGAUCUCAAUAUCGGUGUUUUUUUAUGGAUUGCCAUUUCUAGUAUUGCUCCGAUUGGACUUCUUAUGUCAGGGUACGGGUCAAAUAAUAAAUAUUCCUUUUUAGGUGGUCUACGAGCUGCUGCUCAAUCGAUUAGUUAUGAAAUACCAUUAACUUUAUGUGUGUUAUCAAUAUCUCUACGUGUGAUUCGUUGAUACAUAGACAUAAACUUUUCUUUAUUCCUUCCUUUCAAAGAAAGGGUUGGAAUGAAUUAAGUAGAUGUAGAUAUCUUCAUUUUUUUUUAUUCAUUAUUCGGGUUGAUGAACUAAAUCAAAUAGUUAUAUGAGUGAAAGAAAACAGCUUAUAUAUAAAUUCGCAGUAAAAAGAUUGAGUCUCAUUUUCUAUGUAUAAGAGUUAGAGAGUUAAGCGGAAAUAAACAUAAACAGAAGCGACCGUUUCCCCCAAGAUUGGUUGAUUAGUCAUCCUGACUUGAAGCGGGCUCAAAAGAUCAACCAUAUUGAGUUUUCACUAUCAUUUGUAUGUAUUACCACAGGGGGGGGUUGAACAAAAACGAGUGGGUGGUUAGAAACACCAAGAUAUGUAAAGGAUUAGUAAUGGAGAUUAUGUAAAUUCUCCAAAAGGACAUUUUUACAUAAAUAUACAAACAAAGAAUACUCAUUGGGGCUUUAAGUUGGUAGAAAUGAUCAGGCAAUACUCCCCACGACACGAUUCCAAUCCAGAGUAUGCUCCUAUCCACAGAUUAAAUAAAUAACUAUUGGGAACGAAAUAAUCCUUUACUUUAUUUUGUAAGCCCCCUUUUUCUCAGAAAUAGAAAGAAGAAUAGGAACGAAAAAAA